AGAUGAUCAGUGCAGAAUGAAGGUCCCAGGAGAAAAGAUCACAUGGUUUUCUCUGCCCUGUGACGUCACCAGCAGAUGGCAUGGGUACCAGCUCUGGCAGUUGGCAUCAAUGUCACUUUUUAGAGAUCAAUGAGAUAGUGCAGAUAUACACAGAUCUAGACUCCAGGAGAUGAUGCGACAUUCAGAUUGAAAAGAUUUGGAAGGCACAAAAUGGAACCUGAUUAUUGAAUGACUUUUUAAAAAAAGGCCAAGGUCACAUAAGAUUGUAACACCAUGUUAACGCUACCAUUUGAUGAGUCUGUUAUAAUGCCAGAGUCCCAGAUGUGCAGAAAGUUUUCCAGAGAAAGUGAAGACCCAAAGCAAAUCAAGAAGCCAGACAGCUUUGUGAAGCAGAUUACACACCAAGGAAAAAGCAUUAAAAGAUCCACAGCAGAAGACACAGAGAAAGAGGAGGUGGAAGAUGACCGAGAAGAAGAGGAUGAGAACGGUUUGCCCCGAAGGAGAGGCCUCCGGAAAAAAAAGACGACCAAGAUGAGAAUGGAUAGGGUCAAAUUCAGGCGACAAGAAGCUAAUGCAAGGGAAAGAAAUAGAAUGCAUGGCCUCAACGAUGCUCUGGACAAUUUAAGGAAGGUGGUCCCUUGUUAUUCUAAAACACAGAAACUGUCUAAAAUAGAAACUUUGAGACUGGCCAAAAAUUAUAUAUGGGCUCUUUCAGAAAUCUUACGAAUUGGCAAGAGGCCUGACCUGUUAACAUUUGUUCAAAACUUGUGCAAAGGUCUCUCCCAGCCAACGACAAACUUGGUGGCGGGCUGCCUACAGCUGAAUGCCAGAAGUUUCCUGAUGAGUCAGACAGGGGAAACAGCCCAUCACACCCGAUCUCCCUACUCCUCCUUCUACCCUCCAUAUCACAGCCCAGAGCUGAACACUCCUCCAGGUCACGGAACACUUGAUAACGCCAAGUCCAUGAAACCCUACAGUUACUGCAGCACAUAUGAGUCCUUCUAUGAAAGCACUUCUCCGGAGUGUUCCAGCCCGCAGUUUGACGGUCCCUUAAGUCCUCCCCCAAUUAACUAUAAUGGGAUAUUUUCCCUCAAGCAAGAAGAAGCUUUGGACUAUGGCAAAAAUUACAAUUAUGGCAUGCAUUAUUGUGCAGUGCCACCCAGGGGUCCCCUUGGGCAGAGUUCUGUGUUCAGGUUGCCUACAGAGAGCCACUUCCCUUACGACCUACAUCUGCGGAGCCAGUCUCUCACCAUGCAAGAUGAAUUAAAUGCAGUUUUUCAUAAUUAAUGAGGAAAGUGAAAAUAAACAGUGGUCAUUCACCUCUCCUUCUAAUUAAGAUAAAGCAGAUGCUCGUGCCCCAUCUAAUCAGUGCAUCUCUAUUUAAAAACAUGUUUGCUAGGUUCUAAAGUGUGUCAACUAUUGUGGGACUUCUUAAUUUCUAUGUAAUAAUAACAAUGAGUAAUAAUAACAAUUUUAAUUAUCAGUAUUUAAUUCUGUUUGGAUCUUGGUAAGCACUGUGAGAUUCUGUUUUAACCAACUUUCUUGGGGCUUUUUUUCUUCCUUCCCGAUUUGUUCAAUUUUGUUAAGCAGUGCGUCUAAUUAAAAUUGUCGAGCUGAGAAAACACACACUGUAUAAAGUCUGCAAACAGCAUUUUGAUUGUACAGUACCUAUACCAAUGCAUGCUAUUCAAUUCAGAUAAUGAAAAAAAAACCCAAUGUAUUUAUAAUAAUUAGAAAUUAUAUAUUAUGUGAUGAGGAAGAGGUGAAUUUUUACAGUCUCUUGAAUUUUUUUUGUUAAAGAAGAACUGUCGCAGGCAUCGUGACAUGAAGUUGACAUGGUGCAGCAAUAUUUUAAGCUAUGCAAAAAAAAAUCAAACGAAAGUGCAUCUAAAUAAAAUAAGUGAUAAUUAAUGAGCUUAAAAUGUGAAACAUUUGCUGGCAGGGACUACCUAUCUUUUCUGAAGGUUUUUGUUUUUGUGUGUGUCACUAACUUGCAUCCACCACUUUAAUAUAAAAAUUAUGUGGUAUCUGCACUUCUUUCAUAUAUUUCUGCCUUUAUAUGUAAAAUAUAUUAGAAUGUAUAAUUGUGUUUUUCGGAACUUAUUUUAAAUGCAAUUAAACAAAUGUUUUCAGUCGUUA